AUGUCUUCAUCUCGUCAACUUUCCAACUCGUCCAGAAAAUCAAGGGGCAGCUCGCAAAAGAAGAUGAUGGCAUUCAUGGCCAAACAAUUCGCCCGCCUUAUCCCCAAAGUUGUGAACGAAAUCCAAGCUUCCAACACCCCAAACUCUUCUAUUGACUCGAAAGCUGCCCAACCUAAGCCCAUUGCCUUUAACUACAAACAUUUCGCCUCUUGCCGCCCUAAGCCCUUCACUGGUGAAGAAGGUGUGACAGCUAUGUUCGAGUGGUUCGACAGCAUAGAGGUCACAUUUAUUAAUAGUGAAUGUCCUGAUGAGCUCAAGACACGUAGUGCUACUGGUGUCUUUCAAGCAAGAGCCCUAGAAUGGUGGACGAAUGAAAGGAACAUUCGUUCAAACGAGUUGGCAUAUGCGUUGUCAUGGGAAGAAUUGAAGCAACUCAUGAUGGAGGAAUUUUGCCCUCCUCAUGAACAACAGAAGCUUGAGGAAGAAUUUUGGGCCCUCAAGCAAGUUGGAGACGAUAACCUCGCGUAUACCACCCGCUUUAAGCAGCUGAGCUUUGUUGUACCUCACCUAGUCCUCACGGUUGAUCGUAUGAUCAAAAAGUAUAUCCACGGUUUACCCCCUACCAUGAGAGACACCAUCGAGGCAGCCCAACUUGACAAUAUCGAGGCUGUUUAUCGUCUCGCUGCCAGUUUAAACAAUAAUCGCGUUCGUGAUAAACAAGCCGCAACAUCCACUCGGGUAGCCAACCAGGUUACCAUUGGCCAUGAAGCCCCAACAAAUGGCAACGAGGGUAGGAAACGAAAAUUUCAAAACUCGGAGUCAGGCAACAGGGUUCGCGCAUGUUUCAAGUGUGGAGAUACGACACACCUUCGCCCACACUGUCCCUUAUGGAACCAAGAGCGACAACCAGCCCCAAAAGCCCCAGCUCUCAAUGCCAACCAAGCUCAAGAUGCCGACACCUAA